AUGUUGUCAGAUAAAGUGUGUAAAAAUUGUAAUGAAUCAUUUGCCGAAAAUGAGCAAAUAGUCAAUGCUGCUGGUGAAACAUGGCAUUCAACUUGUUUUGUUUGUGCUCAAUGUUUUCAACCAUUUGGCAAUGGAAUCUAUUUUGAAUAUGAUAAUCGAAAAUAUUGUGAGCGUGACUUUCAAAUGUUAUUUGCGCCAUGUUGUGCGAAAUGUAACAGGUUCAUCAUUGGUCGUGUCAUCAGAGCAUUACAACAAAGUUGGCAUCCGGAUUGUUUUCGAUGUGAAUUAUGUCAUAAGGCUUUAAUUGAAAUGGGAUUUUUAAAAAAUGCUGGAAGUUUAUCCUUGGAUGAAAAUUGUUUAAAAUACAAAGGUGAAUCCUAUCAUGCCUAUCAUUUUCGAUGUCAAGUCUGCAGCUCUGAACUAAAUGAAAAUGCUCGAGAAGUGCGUGGUGAAUUAUAUUGUUUACGUUGUUAUGAUCAAUUAGAAGUGGCUGUAUGUGCUGCUUGUCGAACACAAAUUGAGGAUAGAGUAAUCAAUGCAUUAGGUAAACAAUGGCAUGUCGAGCAUUUUGCAUGUGGACGCUGUGAAAAGCCAUUUCUAGGUUCAAAACAUUAUGAAAAAAAUGGUAUUGCUUACUGUGAAACAGAUUAUCAUCAUUUAUUUGGUAAUACAUGUUUUGUAUGUAAUACGAUCAUAUCUGGGGAUGUAUUUACAGCGUGUAAUAAAACAUAUUGUGUCGAUCAUUUUGCUUGUAUGAUAUGUGAAACAAAAAUGGACGAAAAAAGCAAAUUUUAUGAUGUUGAUGCGAAGCCUGUUUGUAAAAAAUGUUUUAAUAAAUUACCGUCAGACGUACGAAAACAAAUAGAAAGAAAGAAGAAAGGAAAUAAAAAUUAA